AUGAGCGGCAUUGCCGAGAUCAUGCAUAACCUCGGCUACCGGGUCCAAGGCAGCGACAUCGCCGAGAGCGCGACCGUGCGUCGCCUGCGCGCCCUGGGAAUUCCCAUCUCCCGCGGCCACGGUGCCGAGACCAUCGACGACGUGGCGGUGCUGGUCGUCUCGUCGGCCAUCGCCGAAGACAACGUCGAGAUCGUGGCCGCCGGCGAGCGCCACAUCCCCGUGGUGCAACGGGCCGAGAUGCUGGCCGAGCUGAUGCGGCUCAAGUGGUCGGUGGCGGUUGCCGGCACCCACGGCAAGACGACCACGACCUCGAUCAUCGCAGCCAUGCUCGACGGCGCCGGGAUGGAUCCGACGGUCAUCAACGGCGGCAUCAUCAAUGCCUACGGCACCAACGCGCGCCUGGGCGCCGGCGAGUGGAUGGUCGUCGAGGCCGACGAGUCCGACGGCAGCUUCGUCAAGCUGCCGGCCAUCGCCGCCGUCAUCACCAAUAUCGACCGCGAGCACAUGGAGUUCUACGGCGACUUCGACGCCGUGCGCUGGGCCUAUCAGUCCUUUGUCGAGAAUAUCCCCUUCUACGGUGUCGCCGCGCUCUGCAUCGACCACCCGGAGGUGCAGGCCCUGAUCGGGCGCAUCGAGGACAGGCGCAUCGUGACAUAUGGCUUGAGCCCGCAAGCCGAGGUGCGGGCGGUCAACAUCGCAGGCGACCUGCUGGGCUCGACCUUCGAUGUCGUCGUCUCCGGCUACGUCCACGAGCGGCACGGCACCAUGGAGGGUGUGCGGCUCCCGAUGCUGGGCGCGCACAACGUGCAGAACGCCCUCGCGGCGAUCGCCGUCGGCCGCGAGAUGGGCUUUCCCGAGGCCGUGAUCCGCCGCUCGCUGGCGGAAUUCGCAGGUGUCGAGCGCCGCUUCACGAAGGUCGGCGUCGUUGGCGGGGUCACGGUGAUCGACGAUUACGGACACCACCCGCCCCAUCGCUACACGCGCCUGCGCGAUCUCUUCGAGGAGUUCUGCAGCUGCUUCAACGAUGCAGACACGGUCGUCAUAGCCGACGUUCAUCCUGCCGGCGAGCAGCCCAUCGAAGGGAUCGACCGUGAGGCGCUGGUCGAGGGCCUAUGGCGCCACGGCCACCGCCACGUGCUCCCGCUCGAGGAGCCCGAAGCCUUGCCGGCACUGAUCGAGACCCUGGUGGAGCCCGGCGACCUCGUCGUCUGCCUCGGCGCCGGCAGCAUCACCCACUGGGCACGGGCGCUUCCCGCCGCCCUCGAAGGCCUCGGGGACGGCGCGAGGGCGGCAAGCCCGGCCGGGCAGUCGUCAUGA